AUGACGGCCAUUGAAGCCAACAACCUCACCGAGCAGUGCGACUGGUUCGGCCAGGAGAACCGAACUGAGGCGCGCGUAACCGAGCGGCUGGAUGUUUCCGGCUGCCUCUUUCUGUCUCUACUGCCCAACGGACAGACAAUUCCAGCGCUCAUAUGGAUUUUCGUGUUGCUGACUCUUUUCUCACUUUUGGUUAACGGGCUCACGCUGUUCGGACUCGGACGGUCCGAGGACCUCUCCUGGGAGCCGCGCGUUGCCUUCCUUAAGAAUUUGAUUUUUAGCGACCUCAUGCAGACCUUCACCUUAGCUCCGGCGGUCAUCCAUUCACUAGUACAGCGUCAGACCAUGGCGUUUAGCACCUGGUGUUACAUCCAGUACUUUGUGGGCACCGCCAGUAUCUUCUCCAGCCUCGUCACCAUCACAUGCAUGGCACUGGAGCGUUAUCUGUACGUGUGCCACGCUAUCCACUACUUGGUCAUGCUCACUCAGGUGCGCUUGCGGGUUGCCCUGAGCCUCAUCUGGGUCUACUCCGUCUCCAUCAGCACCAUCAACAUAGCGUUGCUGCAUACAGGAAAAGAGCAAAAGAGUGAGCGGGUCACCAGGGGGCUACUGUGCGAGCCAGACACCAUGGAGCAGCACAUGGGAUUUCCCCGCGCCUCUGCCGUCUUUCGCAAAGUCGUCGGUUCCUCUACUCUGCUUCUGUGCCUGUUGGUCUACGUCUUCUCCUUCCUGCGGAUGUACCAGGACGCGCGCAACGCGAUGAUACCGUUCAACGCGGUGAACAACGCAGCGCGUAAGACCGUGCUGUUCUACUGCGGCAUGCUGUUUCUGCAGCUGCUGCCGCUGCUGUUCAAAGUCAUCUCGGACGUGAUAUGGGAGGUGGAGGGGACGGCGGCGAUGGUGGCACUGUCCUCUCAGUCUCAGAGCGUCCCUAAAGCGGCGGCCGUGCUCCACAUGUCAUUGGCGGCAAUGCUCUUAGUGCCACCGUGCAUCAACCCGCUGGUGUACGGGCUGAGGAACGCAGAAACGAGGCGCGCGCUGCUGAGUCCUUUCCAGUGGUGGACGCAGAGGAGGGGUCGGUGCGCGCGGAGAGAAGCGAGACGAUAA